UCCCUCUGUUUUUCGUCAGUACCUUGGCUACUUUGGAGAUGCCAAAAUGUGCUACCAGCGUCUAUACGUGAAGUUCCUGGAGAACGUCAACAAGAAGGACUACGUGCGCGUGUGUUCUCGGAAGCCAUGGCAUCGAACUGCUCUGGCCCUAAGACGGCAGUCUCUGGCCAAACAGCUGCUGAGCAGCCACAGUCAGCCCCGAGCGGAGAGAGAAGACAGAGACAAGGAGAGACAGAAAGAACGAGACCUGAAGGAGCAGAGAGCCAGAGAGAGGAGAGAGGAGAGGGAGAAACAGGAGAGGGAGCACAAAGAAAAAAUGAUUAGAGAACGAGAACGGAGGGAGAGCAGUGAAAAGGAGAGAGAGAAUGAGCAGAGAGAGAGGAGAGAAGCAGAGGAGAAGGACAGACAGAGAGAGCAAGAGAAACGAGAACAAGAGUGGAGAGAAAGACAGAGAAGAGAGAGGGAACAGCAGGAGUUUGAACGGAAAGAGAGAAGGAUGGAAAUCCUCCAACAGGAGAGGAAAAGAGAAAAGAAGCAGAGGGAGCAGAAAGAAAGGGAGCAAAGAGAAGCUGAAAGAGAAAAGAGACGGGGACAAGAUGGAAGCCUGGGAAGUCCAAAAGAAGAGAGGACUUCAAAAGACAGAGCUGAGCCUCCACCAAAGAAGAGGAAGACGUGGCUGAAGGAGGUACCGUCCUCCUCCUCCGAGUCUGACUCCUCCCGGCACAGUGACGAUGAAGGUCAGCAGUUCCGCGUGGUCGUUCAUGUCCGUCACGCUAAUCAGGAUGGCCCCGUGCAGGAAGGCGUGAACAGCCGCGCCAUGAGGGAGAUGUUCAGGAGCUACGUGGAAAUGCUGGUGAGCACAGCACUCGACCCUGACAUGAUCCAAGCUCUGGAGGACACCGAUGAUGAGCUCUACCUUCCUCCCAUGAGGAAGAUCGACAGCUUGCUGAACGACCAGAAGAAGCUGCUGUUAAGAAGAAUCAGCAUGAGCGCACAGCAUCAGGAGGCUCUGCACACGUAUCCCAACAUGACAGCCGACCCUCUGGAGUCUGGAGCAGUGUGGGUCCAUCUGGGCGGGGAGGGUUACAGCCGUAAGACCCUCAGUCGGGUCAAGAAGAGUGUUGCUAAGCAACAG